GCUUCGGAUGAGGGAAGAUCCUUGCGUCGCCUUCACUCCAUGCUCGCUUCCCCCUUCUCCCUCGUUGGUUGCAUCCGCCACGAGGAUCGUUGGCGGGCUAGCGACUCAUUGUGCACAGACUGUUUGUUCUCUGCGUGUGCAGAAGCUGGAGAAUUUGGUGCGGUGACAUAGGUCAACUGUGCGUGAAUUUGGAGUUUCUGGGGAGAGGUGGUGUGACAUUGAGCUUACCGGAUGUGAAAUUAGAGGGGAGGAUUUGCUGUUGGGUGAAAGAUGGCUGCUUUGAAGGCCUUGUGUAGCUGCGUUGAUGGGGCCUGCAGGUCGACAGAGUUGGGUUCAGCUUGUGCUUCAUUCCUGGGUUCGCAAUGUGGGUGGUCUGGGUCCUCGCAACAGGCUUGCGGGAUGCGUCGUAGUGGCUCUGUGCAUUGUAAACCCUACGCGUGCCGUGCUACUAGCGGUGGGGAGGGGAGCGAUGCGAGGAGCGGCGCGGAGCCGUUGCUGCUGAGAGUGGCGCGUGGAGAGGAGGCAGAGCGGACGCCGGUGUGGCUCAUGCGGCAAGCUGGACGCUACAUGGCCGAUUUUCGCAAGUUUUCGGAUAGGAUUUCGUUUAGGGAAAGGUCCGAGACGGCAGACAUUGCAAUUGAGCUCUCUUUGCAGCCAUGGCUAGCAUUCCGAACCGAUGGGGUUAUUAUGUUUUCCGACAUUCUUACACCAUUGCCAGCCCUUGGCAUCGAGUUCACCAUGGUCAAGGGUAAGGGCCCCGUCAUUCCUUCUCCCGUUCGUACUCUCGAAGAUAUCCAGAACUUGAGGACGCUAGACGACCCGGACCAGUCUCUCCCCUUCAUAAGACAGAUACUCUCGUCACUGAGGAAAGAGGUGGAGGGGAAAGCUACUUUGAUAGGAUUCAUCGGCACUCCGUGGACCCUCGCCGCAUAUGCCAUGGAGGGCUCGUCUGACAAGAACCUCAUCAAGACAAAAAGUAUCAUGAUGCACAACCCUGAGAUCUUGCAUGCCUUUUUAGCUCACCUCACAGAUGCUCUCGUAACCUACGUUUGUCACCAAAUCGACUCCGGUGCUCAAAUUGUUCAGCUCUUCGAUUCGUGGGCGCACCAUCUCUCCCCCGAGCAAUUCAGUGAAUUUAGUUGGCCUUAUGCAGAGCAAUUGAUAGAUAGGGUGAAGAUCGCUCGUCCUGAUGUCCCAUUGAUAUUCCAUGCGAACGGUGGAACUGGCAAACUACAUAUUGUUGCACAGAGGAAACAUCAGGACGUCGUGGUGGGUCUGGAUUGGGCCACUGAAAUGCGAGAAGCGAGGUCACUUCUCGGCCCGAAGACAGUUCUCCAAGGCAAUGUUGACCCCAUGGUUCUUUUUGGAUCUGAGGAUGUGAUUCGAAGGGCUGCUGAGCAGAACAUUAGAGACGCAGGCGGAAAUUAUCACAUUCUGAACGUCGGCCAUGGCGUCGUUCAGGGUACUCCUGAAGAAUCCGUGAAGCUUUUCUGUCAGGUAGCUAGGGAAAGCGGUAAAUUGUCGCCAAAUGUAAGUCCUUCUGCCGAGCUUCUACAGGUUUAGCUAACAUUGUAGGGUUUUUUUGCGAGUUAAGUGUCCUGUUGAGAUCGUUUCACAUUCUACAUUGUGCUGUACUGUACCGAUUGAGAAUUUAAAGGUGAUGCAGGAGUCCAAGCUCCCUGCACAAUUGCAAACACUUAGCUUUACCUUCAAUGCUUGUCUGUAUGAGUCGUUCUUCCAUUCCUUGUCCUUGUUGGUGUAUACAGUGCACCAUCUUUUCUCAAAAAACUAGUAGAUUUACUUGUUGGUUCUGCUGAUAGCAAAGUUGAGAGAAGGUUAUUAUAUGUGGCUACACAGGUUUGGCUGAUGCCACAACACAUGGUAGCUAGUACCGACCUUGGAAUUCGUUUUAAAAUCAGUGUAUUCUAAGGUUGGUAGACUGAUUUAUGAAUGGGUGAAGCAGCAAGUGAACGAUA